CUCACCCUCAGAGAGGCGCUGGCGUGCGCAGUGGACAUAGUCGGGCCCGGGCCCCCGGGAUCCGCGGGUUCGCCCAGCCCGCCUUGGCUGGGGGAGGGAGACGCAGUGGGUGGGAUUAAGCCGCUGCCGUUAUCGCUGCUGUCGCCCUCUGUGGACGUGGUUUCGCGAUGAGCACCUCCCGGGAAAAGUGUCCAGUAGGCGCCGACGUCCCAGGGGCCGGGGGCGACCAGGGCCCGGCCGCGGCCAGGGGUCCCAACCCUGAGGGGGACCCGGCGCCCGAGCCCCCUGUUUCCAUGCUCAGCGUGGACGUGCCGGGGCUGCUCUCGCAGUUUGCGCGCAGCUUCGUGCUGCUCUUCCCAGUGUACGCGCUCGGCUACCUGGGGCUGAGCUUCAGCUGGAUCUUGCUGGGGCUGGGACUGCUCUUCUGGUGCCGAAGGAACAAGGGCGACAAGACGUCCCGCCUCUCCCGGGCGCUGGCCUUCCUGGAGGACGAGGAGCAGGCGGUGCGCCUCAGCGUCUGCUCCUCCGACCUGCCCGCCUGGGUUCAUUUCCCUGACACUGAAAGAGCAGAAUGGCUAAAUAAGACUGUAAAACACAUGUGGCCUUUUAUUUGUCAAUUUAUAGAGAAGUUGUUUCGAGAAACGAUAGAGCCAGCUGUGCGUGGAGCAAACACCCACCUUAGUACCUUCCGUUUCACAAAGGUUGACAUGGGUCAGCAGCCCCUCAGGAUCAAUGGUGUUAAGGUGUAUACUGAAAAUGUAGACAAAAGGCAAAUUAUUUUGGACCUUCAAAUUAGUUUUGUAGGAAAUUGUGAGAUUGAUUUGGAGAUCAAGCGAUAUUUUUGUAGAGCUGGUGUGAAAAGCAUACAGAUUCAUGGUACAAUGCGGGUGAUCUUGGAACCAUUGAUUGGAGAUAUGCCCUUGGUUGGAGCUUUGUCGGUCUUCUUCCUUCGGAAACCACUUUUGGAAAUUAAUUGGACAGGACUAACUAAUCUUCUAGAUAUUCCUGGAUUGAAUGGUUUAUCAGAUACUAUCAUUUUGGAUAUAAUAUCAAACUAUCUGGUGCUUCCCAAUCGAAUCACCGUUCCACUUGUCAGUGAAGUUCAGAUAGCUCAGUUGCGAUUUCCUAUACCAAAGGGUGUUCUAAGGAUACAUUUUAUUGAAGCUCAGGAUCUUCAGGGAAAAGAUACUUAUCUUAAGGGACUUGUGAAAGGAAAGUCAGACCCCUAUGGAGUUAUUCGAGUUGGCAACCAAAUCUUCCAAAGCAAAGUUAUCAAAGAAAGUCUUAGUCCAAAGUGGAAUGAAGUUUAUGAGGCUUUAGUUUAUGAACAUCCUGGGCAGGAAUUAGAAAUUGAGCUCUUUGAUGAAGACCCAGAUAAGGAUGACUUUCUAGGAAGUCUCAUGAUUGAUCUUACUGAAGUUGAAAAGGAGCGCCUUUUAGAUGAAUGGUUCACUCUGGAUGAGGUUCCCAAAGGAAAGCUUCACUUGAAACUGGAAUGGCUGACAUUAUUGCCAAAUGCUUCAAAUCUGGAUAAGGUGCUAACAGACAUCAAAGCUGACAAAGACCAAGCCAAUGAUGGUCUUUCCUCUGCAUUGCUCAUAUUGUAUUUAGAUUCAGCAAGGAAUCUUCCAAGUAAUCCAUUAGAAUUUAACCCUGAUGGCUUGAAGAAGGCUGCAGUUCAGAAAGCUUUAAAGUCAGGAAAGAAAAUAAACAGCAACCCAAAUCCUCUCGUCCAAAUGUCAGUUGGACACAAAGCUCAAGAGAGUAAGAUUCGGUACAAAACCAAUGAACCUGUGUGGGAAGAAAACUUUACUUUCUUCAUUCACAAUCCAAAGCGCCAAGACCUUGAAAUUGAGGUCAAGGAUGAACAGCAUCAGUGUUCCCUAGGAAAUCUGAAGAUCCCUCUCAGCCAGCUGCUCGCAAGCGAUGAUAUGACCAUGAACCAACGGUUCCAACUUAGUAAUUCAGGUCCAAACAGCACUAUAAAAAUGAAGAUUGCCCUCAGGGUACUUUAUCUUGAAAAGCAAGAAAGAUCUCCAGAUCACCAACAUUCAGCUCAAGUAAAAAGGCCCUCUAUUUCCAAAGAAGGGAGAAAAAUACCUGUCAAAUCUCAGAUUUCUGCAUCUCCAGCCACUGAGGGCAGUAAAACUGCUCCAUCCACACCAAUAAUUGAUAGCAGUAAUAAGACUGACAUGGAAGAGAAAACACAGCUUCCCAAUACCAGCCCUCAGUGGCCACGUGAUCUCAGCAGAAGCUCCUCUAGCCUCCAGGCCUCCAAUUUUACCUAUUCCCCAAGCCACAUUUCAGUCAAGGAGCCCACACCAAGCAUUGCCUCAGACAUAUCAUUGCCAAUUGCCACACAGGAACUUCGGCAAAGAUUGCAGCAGCUUGAAAAUGGAACAACAUUGGGACAGUCUCCACUUGGACAAAUUCAGUUGACAGUACGUCACAGUUCUCAAAGAAACAAGCUUAUUGUGGUUGUGCAUUCCUGCCGAAAUCUUAUUGCCUUUUCUGAAGAUGGCUCUGAUCCAUAUGUCCGAAUGUAUUUAUUACCAGACAAGAGGAGGUCAGGAAGAAGAAAAACUCAUGUUUCAAAGAAAACAUUAAAUCCAGUGUUUGAUCAAAGCUUUGAUUUUAGUGUUUCAUUACCAGAAGUGCAAAGGAGAACAUUGGAUGUAGCAGUAAAGAACAGUGGUGGUUUCUUAUCCAAAGACAAAGGGCUUCUUGGCAAAGUAUUGGUUCCUUUAGCCUCUGAAGAACUUGCCAAAGGUUGGACCCAGUGGUAUGAUCUAACUGAAGAUGGUACACGGCUGCGUAUGGUAACAUAGAUCAUUCUUGGACAUGAAGAAUUGUUUCUGGUUGUAUUUAACCCAUCUUUGUGUACUUUGGAUGCAUCACUCUCACAGAUGUACCAAUAUUAUUUUUAUGAUUUCAUGUAUUUAGUUAUUACAUACCUUAAAGUUUUUAUAAAUCAUAUGUUGGCAUUUUAGGCAAAUAUGGCCAAUAUUAUUGUUAAAUUUUGUAUGUUUAGUUUGUUCUAAUAUUUCACCAGUUAUUGCAAUGUAUAAUAGGGUAGUAGUUAAUUAUGAUGUUAUGUAAAACUGUAUGUAUAUGCUUUAUUAUUGCCUUGUUCUGUGUAUCACUGAGGUACACUGUGCCAUGUAAAUAGACUCUAAUUUUUAUAAUGUCUACAUACUGAUUUGAAUUCAGAAGAAAAUGGAUCUAGGAAAUAUAUAUUUUCUUCUAAAUCGUAUGAAAUUCUUAUGACAAAUAAUCAUUUUUGUCUUUGCAGCAAAAAGUUCUCAGUGACCUAUUUUGUGCUGUUUCUUUUUUAAAAAAACUGAAAGGUUAUUAAAUAUUAGCAUACUUCUUGCCCAUUACAGCUGAUGAAAGAAAGUAUUCAAAAUGUUAACAUUUUCAUAAUAUAAAGAUGUAUUAUCGAAGUCAGUUGAAGGACUUAUAAGGAAAAAUAUUUUAUGACUGAGUAAUAUAAAAUAUUAAGAGAAUUGUCAUAGUUCAUAAGUCAUGGUGUACUAAUCUGAGAUUUCUUACCUAGAAAUGGAAUAUUUUAUGUUUAUUUUUUAUUGCUUGGAGCCCUGGUGGCACAGUGGUUAAAUUUACAGCUGCCAAGCAAAGGGCUGGCAGUUUAAAUCCAGCAGCCACUCUUUGGAAACUCUAUGGGGCAGUUCUACUCUGCCCUGUAGGACUGUUAUGAGUCAGAAUCAGCUCAACAACAAUGAGUUUUUUGUCUUUUAAUUGCUUAUUGUAAUUUAUUCAUGAAAGGAUGCACAGAUACACAAAUUAUACUUUUCCUAAAAUACAAUGCAGAGCAGACUUUCAAUGUUAGCAGUUACCCAGUUAGCAGUUAAGAUGUUGUAAAAUAGUCAGUCAUGAGCUUUGUUCAUCUUCAGUGUUUUCCCAGCCUGUGAAGCAAGGAAGGCACACAUUGUCAUUACAAAGGUUAACAAGGUAGAUUGGGAUGGGUAAAUGGAAUAUUGAGUUAAAACUGAUAGUUUUUCUAUCUGUUUGUUAAUGUGAGCUUAGUUUUACAUCAUCUAUAGGGUCGCUAUGAAUCAGAAUCAACUCGACAGCAAUGGGUUUGGUUUUUUGGUAUAGAGAAUGAAAAAGCCCUGGUGGUGCAGUGGUUAAGAGCUCAGCCAUGGACUGAAAGGCUGGUGGUUCGAACCCAUCAGCCACUCUGAGGGAGAAAGACAUGGCAGUCCGCUUCCAUAAAGAUUGCAGCCUUAGAAAGGCUAUGGGGCAGUUCUACUCUGUCCUAUAGCAUUGUUGUGAGUUGGAAUUGACUCAACAGCAAUGGCUUUGGUUUGGGGGUUUUAUAGGGCGUGAUGAGCUGGAACACUGUUUCAUUCUGCUAAUACUUAUAGGCAACCACAGGACCAAAGGGUUUCAAUACAGCUGCCAACACAAGCAGCUAUUUUUAAAUGACAGUUUCCUGGGUUUUCUUUAUACCAUGACUGACUUUAAUAUUGGGAUAUUGUUAUAUAAUUUUUAUUUUGGAAUUCUUUUUUUUUUUUUUUUUAGAUUAGCAGAAGCAUGUUUAACAUACUUAAGAAUCCCAAAAACUUCUUGUGAGGUGAAGCUAUAUAGCAGUCUCAUAAGCUAUGCACGCCUAAAACAAAGUAUGCACGUGUGUAGAGAGAUUUUUAAAUAUAUCUUCUAAGCUGUGUGGUGAAAAUGGCUUCCCUAGCCAUGAGAACAUUUGAAACUCUAUAUAAAUAUAUUGGGGAAAAUAUAGCUUUGUAAUUGAAAUUGGGGGGUCUUACCUUAAUUGGUUUCAUGAAACUAAAUAACUUCAGGAUAGAUCACAAGACCAAACAUACCAAAGUGCCUGUGAUGAGCAGAGAUUGUUAUUUCUUCUUAGAUUGUUAUUUCUACACACACCGGCCUUCCAGUGAGUUUUCAUUUUGUUUUAAUUUGUAAUUUAUACUUCGAACCAUGAGUUUACUUCUAAGGGAGUCUAUAACUUCACAACAUAUUUCAUGUAAUCAUAAAGACCAAUAUAAUCUCACUAUUUACUGUUUAAUGAAAGCUCAUUCUAAAGCCUCAUUGUAAACCAAUUCCAAUGUUAGUAUACACAGUUGAUUCAUCUGGGAGGAGGUUUAUGUACAUGUUGAUACACACAUACGAACAUAUGUACACACAAAAUAUUUAACUAUAGUAUUUUAGUAGCAUGAGAAAGAUAUACAAUAACAUGAAAUCUAAUUGCCUACCCAUGGUAUUAGAUUAUUUGAAGAUUUUUUGUUUUUUUAAAUUAGGUCUGUUGAAGGGCUUCUGGCAUAAUUUGUAAAAGAGAAGAAAAACUCAUUUAAAAUUUGGCAUACCAGUCAUUUUUACAACAUUCUAAACAUAUGGGUUUUGCAGUCACGUGCUUAAUCUAUUCAAUGUGUUCAACAUAGACCAUCCUUGAACAUAUUUUACUUAAUGGAAUGCUUUAUUUAAGCAAUGAGGUAAAGUUGAUACAAUUAAAGGUACAAAACACAAAGGAGCCCAGCUUAACAGCACAAUGGGACACCCUUUGAUGCCAAAAGCUGCAGUCCAGUCACUGUCAGUCCAAUUGUGGGAGAGGUUAUCAUCAAGGAGCUUGGAUACAAAGUUCCCACCUGCAGAUUAUGAGGCUUCUGGUAGCUGCCUCCAUUCUCUUUAAAAGGAAAGAAAGAAAGAACAGGGGUGCAUAUGGUCCUAAAGCACCUCCCAGACUGUGGUUCUGUCUUUUGUGGCAACAUUAGAAUUAAAAGGGAAGCUCAUAUAUUAAACGGGGCAAGGUUACAGAAUGACCAUCAAGGCCAUUCCUAAGACCCUGAUGAUGAUGACAACUCUGAGUUGUUCUCAAAAUGUUCGUUCUUAGUUUAUAAUGAUUGGCUUAUUUAAGAAAAGGGAACUUUAGCUUUUCUAGUUUUAAGCCAAACCAAUGGAGUGAAAACAUCUUAAGUGAGCCCUGAAGUACAGUUUUGGUUAGCAUGUACUUGUGGAUUGCUUAUCCUGUGCCUUAAAGUAUGGAAAUAUAAAUGUGUUGUUUUCAAGUUUCAGACUUAAAAGAAGCCUUGUAGCUAUAUUUACCACAAUUUAUAAUCUGCACUAUGAGAACUCCUUUUACUGACUUUCAUCAUCAAGAAGGUCAGCCCUCCUUUUUCAAGAAUGUAAGCCAAAUACAAAUUAGUGUGUAUACAGCUUUGCAUUUAUAUUAUGUUCACUAUUUUAAUUCUAGUUCUAGCUUUGUCCUCUCUGCAAAUGGAAAAAAAGCAGAGGGAUUUAUUAUUAUUAUAUAGACCGCCUUUUGCUCAACUAAUUUUACAUGACAAUGCAUGUAUUUAUUCAAUAAAACUUUUCUGUUAGAUCA